GCGCUCGCGGGACUUGGCUGCUCGCUAUCCGCUUGCCACCCGGACGGGGCGCACAGCUGGGCUCGCGGCUGUCUGCAGACGCGGGACCGUCCCGCAGCUGCCGCCCCUCUGCAGACGCUGCUUCUUCCGCCUCAGCUCCGGGCUUCUCUCUGGGGCGACGUGGGAACUUUCUUUUCCUUGGCCUGGCGGCGGAGGUGAUGGCCCAUUCCCCGGCCGUCUGCGGGCAAGCGGCGCGCUAAGCGUCCUCCGGCUCCAGUGUGCGAUUGGCGCCUCGCCCUGGACGCGCAGGUCUGGCUUGGCCAACGGCUCCAGUCGAGUCUUAUAAAUUAAGAAAGUUUGAAGUUGCAGAAAUGAUUGGUCCUAGCUACAAAUGGGAAUUUGAUGUCGCUCUGAAAUACAUCCUGGGAUAAUUUUGUUUGACUGGAACCAAAUUUUAUGAAGUCUCCAAGGAUGAGAGUCUGUGCCAAGUCAGUGCUGCUGUCACACUGGGUCUUCCUGGCCUACAUGCUAAUGGUGUGCUGUAAGCUGAUGUCCGCCUCCAGCCAGCACCUCCGGGGACAUGCAGGCCAUCACCAAAUCAAGCAAGGCACCUGUGAGGUGGUGGCAGUGCACCGAUGCUGCAAUAAGAAUCGCAUUGAAGAGCGUUCACAGACAGUCAAGUGCUCUUGCUUCCCAGGGCAGGUUGCAGGCACAACUCGAGCUCAGCCUUCCUGCGUUGAAGCUUCCAUUGUGAUUCAGAAAUGGUGGUGCCACAUGAACCCGUGCUUGGAAGGAGAGGAUUGCAAAGUGUUGCCCGAUUACUCAGGUGACACGGUAGCAGAGACAGAGCUGUGCGUUAAUCCCGGAGAAGGGUUGUUUGAAUGCAGAGCUCUCAUGUGGAUCACCAUCCUUGGUGGGAGAGUGUUGUGGAUUUCAGCAAAUUCACAUUUGUGAUACAAGUGCCAUGAGAAGUGGCAUUUACUUAACUCUCCUUCCCCUCCCUGCUUUAUGAUUUUAUUAUACUGGGAUGUAACCACUGGCUGCCACAAAACUGUCAUCUGAUCUGGAUUUGAAAGGAACUCACUUCUGAGAUAUCCAGGAGGAACAAAUCAGAGACAUCAAAAUAGAUGACCCAUAACAGAACACGUGGUCUUCAGCUUCUUUCAGCCUUUACAAAGAAUUGUGGACAUAUGUUUCAAAGGGUCUUCAUUUUAUUUCUCUUUUGAAUUUUUCCUUUAACCAUUGUAGUAAAGUGGUUUGAAAGGUAUCUAAAUAAGAUUUUGGCAAAAUAUUUGCAGGUGUAAAUGAAUGAACUCCAACUGAUUGGUGAAGAACAUUUAUUUUAUAAACCUUGAAGAACAGAAGGACGUAUUGGGGUUACUGUGUGUGCAUUUAUAUUUUUACUUUUGAUAAUUUAAAACUUCUGCUUUUUAGACUUCAUUGCUAGGCUAGCAGAAAUAAAAUGGGAGCAUUUUAACCUCACUUCCCAUUUAACUGAGUUCUAGAAAUGCAUAUCAAUUCUAAUAUUUUGCAUCCAAAGCUCAAUCAUGACAUAUUCACAUAGAAAAAUAAAACUUUGGGGGGUUUUUAUGGCUUAUGUGUGUCACACAGAAAAACCAUUUUAAACAUGAAGUAGUCUCUGUUUAGAGUAAGGGUGAUUUCUUAGAUCCAGUUUAUGCCAACUAUAUGGAAAUAUUUUGUUAACCUAUGGACAUGAGUCUUUUCUUUAAAAGCGGAAUUUUUAGACUAUAAAUGGUUUCAUAAGUUAAUUAUUUCCCUAUUCUUCAAAUGUAAGUAGAAUCUGAGUCAUUUUUUUUCUUGUUUUAAUGGCUGCAGCAGACACAUCUCUGCAUAUUCUCAGAUGCUGUCAUGCAGAAACAUGUGAAGCAGAUAAGGGAUUGGCCCACAUUUUAAAAGCAUAAUGUUAUUAAUGUAUAUGCUACUAUAAUAAUAUGGGACAGGUUUUGUAUAUUAAGAAACAUACAGAAGAAAACUUUCAGCCCUAAUUAUCCCUGUCCUGUCACAAUUGGGGGGAUAAUGUUAUUUACAGUGGCAACAAUCAUUUGAUUUCAUUCAUGCAACAGAAAUGGAAAUGGAUGAUAGCCGUUUGUUUGCUAAAUUCUAUUUGCAUUUGGCUGGAUACCUACCAGAAUUGUUAUUCUCAUGUUAAUAGUAAAAACUUCAUUUUGCUGAUGGCA